AUGGGUGUUCAAAGAACUCUGCCUAAUAGCAUCUUGCGGAGAUACUCAGAACGAAUGUCUGAAAUAUUUUCAUCGGGCUCGCCUGAGCCAAACGAUAUUUACAGUCCACGAAGAUCAAUCGCUGGCUCUGUCGACGUACAGUCAGACGACGAAGGCAGUACUGGCUCAAUGGAUGAAUGCAGUGAUGAAGAGGAUACCCAUGGGCAAUGCGUCGUCGAAACUAGAAGUGCCAUGGAACAUGACCAAAGACAUGUGAAGCCUCAGGAUCCUGGGUACCUCAGUGACUCGACAUCGACUAUUAUUGAGUGUAUGGCGGAGUCUGUUGAGGACUCCCUCCUGAACCAGAAUCUGUGGAACAACGAAAUGCACCGAAAGGUGGCACAUAUCAUGGCGAUUGUCGAAGCUAUGAGGAAAGACGUGGCUGCAUUGAAAGAAAAGGUUGGGAUGGUCUAG